UGGAGGAGUGUCAACAGGUGUGUCUCGAAAGAUUGCUUCAUCAUUCUCUAAAGGACUCAUUGGACGUGCUUAGUGUCAUCUGGGUACAUAUAAGAAGACACAGUGUAUAUCUUUUUCUAUUUGUGACGCCAUAAAUAGACUGGCGCCAUAGAGAAGCGUCAAAAGGUGUGUCGAAAGAUCGCUUCAUCAUUCUCUAAAGGACUCACUGGACGUGCUAAGUGAUCUCUGGGCACACAGGAGAAGGAUAGUGCAUCUCUUUAUCGCCAUGUGACGCCAUAACCAGAUAGCAGUGAGCCAUGGGAAGAUCGCCGAGAUGGCAUCCAAGAGAGCACGGAGGAGCCCGGUGUGGACCUUCAUGAAGAAAACUGACCCGAGAACGGUUGUUUGCCUCCUCUGUAAAGACACCCUCAAAUUCUGUAGCAGCACUUCGUCCCUGAUGAAACACAUCAGCUCCAAACAUCCAGCCGAGUAUGCACAACUUCGAGAGGAAAAAGGACACAGGCCGGAACCAGCAAGGAAAUUGAAUAGGAAAGAAACCACGCCACAACCCACACCUGUGCCGGACAUGACCAAGAAGAAAACUAGCAAAGCAGAUCCUUGUAAGAAGAGAGAGUUGGACCAGAAGCUCGCACUAAUGAUCAUUCAAGAUAUGCAACCAUUUUCAGUGGUGGAUGACGAAGGGUUCAAAUGCCUGGUUAAAGCAUUGGAUCCAUGUUAUGAACUCCCAAGUAAGCGAGAACUAUCUAGAAGCUACUUUCCAAAUAUUUACAGGCAGGAAGUUGAAAGAAUAAAGAAAGAACUGGAGGACACACAAGCUAUCUCUCUGGCCACAGAGACUUGGACCUCUGCAAAUACAAAACAUUUCAUCACCAUAACAGCUCACUUUAUUUCGCCGGAGUGGAAGUUAAAGUCGGUGGUACUGGAGACAUUAAUGAUGCAGGAAGCACACACUGCAGCCGAUAUUGCCAAGGAACUAACAACCAUUUGUAACAACUGGAACAUUUUGAAUAAAGUCUGCUCUGUUGUUACGGACAAUGUAGCCAAUGUAACAUUAGCUGUGAGCAACAUCAUGAAGCUAUGUCAUCUUCAGUGUUUUGCACACACAUUGAAUUUGGUGGUAAAAGAUUCUGUUAAAAACACUGAGGAAGUUAAUUGUUUGCUUGAGAAAAUCCAACUAAUCGUCUCCUACUUUCAUCACAGUGUAGAGGCAUCAAAUAAACUGAGUGAGCUUCAAGAAGAUAAUAACCUACCUGUCAAGAAACUUAUCCAGAGCGUUGAAGCAAGGUGGAACUCUUCCUACUACAUGAUGCAACAGUUUGUGGAACAGAACCAUCUCAUUGCCAUGGCUCUCUGUCUGAUGGGAAGAAAUGACUUGUGUCUGAAUACUGAGGAACUGGAGCUGGUUAUCAACACUCUGACUGUUCUCGAGCCCUUUGAGGAGGCUACCAAAGAGAUGGUGGCAGAAGAAUUCACCCCAUUAUCAAAAGUACUUCCUAUAGUGAAGGGACUACAAGAUUAUAUGCAUUCCAGUGCAGACAAAAAUGAUCAUAAGUUGUACACAACAUUUCCUCUUGGCGUAGAACUCCUUCAACAAAUGACUAGAAGAUUUCACAACCUGGAAGGAAGUAUUUUCAUGGGAGCAGCAAGCUUAUUGGAUCCUAGAUUCAAAAACGUGCCUUUUGCAGAUCCUACAAAUGUGGAGCAAAUUGAAAAGCAUUUAGUUAGCCAGAUGCAAGGCACAGAUUCAGCAAAAACAGAAGUUCAAGCACCAAGCAUGUCAGUGAAGAUAGAGUUCCCAGGUUCUUGUCAGACUGUUACAAUACAAACAAAGAAAAGCUCAAUCUGGGCUAAAUUUGAUGCCAAGAUUGAAGAAAUUGCACACAUCUCCUCAACAGACCCAUCCACAGGACCUUCUAUUGAAAUGAGAAGAUACAUGGAAGAGGCGCCAAUUCCUAGGGAAGAGGAUCCGUUAGAGUGGUGGAAAAAACAUGGUGUACUUUUCCCAAAGCUUCAGGAACAGGCAAAAAUGUUCCUUUGCUCCCCGGCCUCAUCGGUGCCUGCAGAAAGGCUUUUUUCUGAGGCCGGAGAAUUAGUGUCCCAAAGACGCAGCUGCCUGAAGGACAAACAUGUGAAUAUGAUUACCUUCCUUAACAAGAACAUGAUGUAGAAAUAUUAAUCACCAAUAGAGCAAACUCCUUGAUGUCAUCCAGUCAGCUUUUUUUACAGGAAAAGACUUUCAGACUCUGGUUAGGCUCCUCAAUCAAUCUCUAGUUUCCCUCCGACUCAUUAAGACUGUGUCAUCUGCAAAUCUAAGGUUGUUAAGGCAUUCAUUGUCUAUCUUGAUCCCAUGUUAUUGAAAUGCCAAAAUUUAAUCUUUACUACACU